UCCACCAUGCGGUUGUAAGAUCAGAUUUUGUCCAGUGUCACAGAUCCCCCGCAGCACGCCUUGGCUACUGUACUGCUAUGAGACCCACCGGACGUCCGUGACACCAUUCCCGAGUUUGAAAUCAAUACUGUCGCCGUGAUCUGCUUAUUGAGUGCUGUGCCAGCCUUAGCGUAAUGUACAUCUAAAUUAAAGAAACCCAACCAGUGUAAAAGGGGGAACCAUGCUGUGGAGGAACGGAAAACUGAAGCUCAUUUGCCAUGUCUAAGGUGGCUGGGAAGAAACUGCAUUGGCGCUCCAAAGUGCAGGAGAACUUCGUGCCACUGUUAGGCGGCUCUGGAGAACUGGGCGUGGCCAUUGGGGGCGGAGCCGAUUAUGGGGAGUUUCCUUUCGUCACUGCUGCCCCGGGAGGCGGGAUAACAGUUGGUGACAUCAUCUUGGAGAUUGGAGGGACCCCUGUUCUGGGGAUGACCUUAGGUGAUGUUCGUGGGGUGCUCAACUCCUGUCCCCAUCCAGUUCGCAUCAAGACCGUCUCACCAGGCUCAACACUGUGUAAGGAUCUGAGAUUAUAUCUGAGUAAGUGUUUCACGCCCGGUUCCAUGGACAGUCAGCUUCAGCAAGUCAUACGUGAAAAUCUCUACCUGCGUGCUGUACCCUGUACAACCAGACAGCCUCGAGAUGGGGAGAUCUCAGGAGUGGAUUAUAACUUUGUGUCCGUAGAGGAGUUCUUCUCUCUAGAGGAGUCGGGAGCACUACUGGAGAGCGGCAAAUUCAAAGGGAACUACUACGGGACCCCGCGGCCGGUGCACAUUGGGCCAGACAGCCCGCCCAUUACCUACCAGGAGCACCGCAGCCUGCUGAGAAAGUUCCGCACACGCUGCAAGUCACUCAGCAACCUGGAGAAGGCGGAGGAGGGCUAUAACAGCGAGGAAGACUCCGGCCUGUCAGUAGGCGGUUCGGGAGGUGCCAACAGCAUCCCUGCCCACACUUCAUCCCCCAGCCAAUCACGUGACUCCAGUGGAGGAGAUGGCAGUGCCUUGGAGAAUGGGGGCGGACCCAGCAGAGGUUUACAAGGGGCGGGGCUUGAAACAUGGGAGAUGACCUACAGUGACUCAGGGGAACCAUAUUAUACAGAUCAUCAGCCCAAACCGGCACCCUGGCACAGCUACCGAUCCUCCAGCAAAGAGGCCGCGGGCAUGACCGAACUGGGGGAGUUCACGGACCAGCCAGGGGAGUUGAGAGGUUACUCCGUGCACACCCAGCUGUACAAAGGGCCUCGGGGUUUUGGUUUCAACAUUGUAGGGGGCAGCCGCAAUAGAGAGUUCCUUCAGGUCUACAGUAUCACGUCCGGGGGUCCACCCACACUCAACCCAGCGGACAUCCUGGUGUACAUCAAUGACUCAUGUGUGCUGGGUACCUCCCACAAAGAGGUGGUGGAAAUGCUGAAGGCUGUCCCUAUCGGCCAGAGCGUGGACGUGGUGGUCCGGAGGGGGUACCCCAUGCUAUAUGACCGUGACGGCUGCCGCAGACAGCACCAACCCGGGCUCCUGGACGCCCAGGACCCUGCUUCAAAGCCUCCACCUCCACCUCCGCCCACCACCACCCAGCCCCAGGCGCAAGGUCUGCUCCCACGGACCCAGGCACACCUCAGCCGUGAUGGGACAAUGGUCCAUGCUGAGGGAAGGUAUCCUGGAUCUCUAAGGGGGAGGGCGUCCAGGUUGAGUCUGGAUGCUAACGGCAACACUUCGCAUCUCUCUCCACCUCCAAGACCCUCACCUUCGUACUCGUUCUCCAAUGGAGGCGAUGGCAGUUUCCUAGGGACGCCACCUUCUGCAAGGGGUAUCAGGCGACUGCAGAGUGCAGAUCUGGCCAGCCAAAGCGACAGUGAGGUGGUGUCCGCUAUUGGAUCACACAGGGCCUCCCUCAUUCGAAACCACAACAACAACUCCCUCUGUCCUCCGUCACCUCUGCGCCUCUACUCUGCCAAGUUCUCUGAGGGUGACCUCUCUUCCUACAUGCCCACGCCACCUGCCUCCUGCGUGCCCCUCCACCUCACAGAAACAAGCCCCACCCCCAGCUCCUCCUCCCCUGGCAGGGGGCAACAUUACUCAAAGCCACGCAAGCCAAAGCACUCUCUGCUCACCCCUCCCACCAGCGGGCACUCAGACGGAUUGUACUUCACCUUCAACGGUGCCGCGAGCGCCAGCAGUGGCAGCCCUGGCAGCAGCAUCCCCUCGCCGGCGACCAGAAGUGGUGGGGGCAGAGAGCUGGUGCCAGUCGCCCUGGCAAAGUGCGAGGAUGGCAGGGGGAUGGGCUUCAGCGUGACUGCUGGUGGGCAUGGUGGGAGGAGGGUGCUGGUGAAGAGAGUGUGGGACCUGCAGCAGUGCGGUGGCCUCCAGCCCGGGGAUGCCAUCGUGAAGGUCAACGGCGCAGAUGUGCAGAGCCUCAGCUUCACUCAGGUCCAACGGAUCCUGCAGGAACACACCAGAAGGGAAGAAGUCAUUCUGCUGGUUCAGAGAAGAGGCCCCUUACUUUCUCCCGUGUCUCCAAACCCUGUGCACCCACACAGCUCCACCCCUCCAUGCCCUGCUUCCACCUCACAGGACACACCUUCUCUGCCACGGAACUCCAUCACUCCGCCCCCUCAAGCACUGGUGCGCUCCUCACUGGUCCAGAGCACCAGCUUCCUGGACUCCGUGCCUGUCACUCUGACCUUGGAGCCACGUGAUUGGAUGUACUUGGAGGAUGGCGGGACCGUACUUAGUCCCAGGGUUAGGACGGAGGAGAAGGCCCGGCCCUCUGCGCAGAGGGGGGUUGAGGUGGAGCUCAGGAGGAGGCCAGGAGAAGGAUUUGGCUUUGUCAUUGCAUCACAGGAUGUGGAGAACAGCAGAGCGGCAUCUCUGCUUCCCCACCGCUUUGUGACGGUCCGCCGCGGUAGUCCUGCAGCACGCAGUGGGCAGAUCCGACCGGGAGACCGGCUGGAGGCGGUGGAGGGCCGCAGCGUGGUCAGCCUGCCGCACAGGGAGCUGGCGCAGAUACUGCGCAGGGCGGGCAACACCCUGCGCCUCACCAUUGUCCCACGCUCUAGCACCCACUCCUCCGAGCACUCUGACUAUGAAUAUGAUCCCCAUUACAGGAGCAAGAAGCCUCACAGGCCCAAACCGAAGGACUCCUCACCGUACUACAGUGCUGAGCUGGAGAGAGGGUCCACCGGUUUUGGCUUUAGUCUGAGAGGGGGGAGUGAGUAUAAUAUGGGCCUUUAUGUCCUUGGCCUGAUGGAGGGAGGACCAGCCUCGCGCAGCCGCAAAAUACAGGUGAGUGAUCAGUUAGUGGAAAUCAAUGGGAGGAGCACAGCAGGGAUGAGCCAUGGUCAGGCUGUGGAGCAGAUCCGCAGUGCUGGCCACAGAAUCCACCUCGUCCUCAAGAAGGGCAACGGAUACGUUCCCGACUACGGCCGUGAUCACAGAACAGCCGUCUCCUCCCUGCCCCCAACCCUGCAGUCGCGUGUGGCUACAGUGAGCCGUGCCCGGCGUCGCCCCGCAACUAUACCUGGCCCCCCGAGCACAGCACGCAGGACCCACAGCCAGGGCGCCAGGAUAGAGGGAGGGGAGGGGAAUCCCGAAAGCGGGGAGGGCACAGGUCAUAGAUCAAAGCACAGGGGGAGGAGUCGAGCCUCACGCAGUUUGUCCAGAAACGGGCCCGGAGGGGCCAGUGAGGAAGAGGAGGAUAAACCGGCAGUAAGGGGGAGAGAAAGGGAGAGAGGGAGGAGGAGAGAAGAGAGGGAAAAGAGGAGUAAAAGCGAGGAGAGCUGGAGACAGUUCGGGAAUGACGGAGGGGCUGGGAGAGAGCUGGAGCAUGGGGAGCGCAGGCGGGAGAGAGGGGACAAACCAAGCCAGUGCUGCAUGCAGCGGGAGUGGGACAGCAAGGGUGAAAGAAAGUGUGGAAAGGAGGAGGAUCGGAAGGUUCUCGGAGAAAACUGGCAAGAUGAGGAAAGAGGCGGGCCCUCGUGGGAAAGGGGCGGGGAGAGAGCGGGCAAGACUGAGAGCGGGCCGCCAAGCAAGAGAGACGGGCGACGGCCUGAGGGAGAGUCUGACAGCUGCGUCGUACAUGCGACGCCCAGGGAUUGCAGGAGUGGGAGCACGUGCAAGCAGAUGCUGGAUGCGAGACCCUCCAGCACCGAGUUGCCCCUGCCGGCCACCCCUGUCCUAAAGCCAGAUCGUCUGUCCAGCCACCUCUUGCCUUUCAGCUCCACCCAUAGCCUGAUCUCUCAGGGGCCAGCAGGGCCCUCGCAUUCCCUCUACGCCCCUUUCUCCUUUCUCAUGUCCCCUGAGCCUGAGUACCCUGUGUCGGAUUCUGACGCGAGUGUGUCUGACGUCAGCGCCUCGGCCGCCAGCAUCUCCGGCCUCUCGACAUACUGGGGUGAAAGACGUGGCUCGGGGGCCCGGAGCACUUUACCACCGGGGCCCUGGCUCAAACCCAGCCCACGUGUGCUCAGAAGAGUGAUGGAGAAGAACAGACUGACAGAGGAAGGAAAGAGAAAAGCAGGAACAACAACCUCCCUCUCUUGAGGAAGCUCGGGAAUGUCUGUCGUCACUUUAGUCAGGUGAAAUCAUGCGAGAAAUGUUUUUUGCCCAAAAACAUGGCUUAAUUUUGAAUUAAAGUAUAUAUAAGGUCCAGGUUUGUAAGCUACAGCUAUCACGGUCCUUUGCAUAAGCUAAGUACACAGCAUAUGCAGUGUUAAUAUAUUCCCAAGGGUGAUAUGUAUGAACGGUGUCUUACUGCUCUUCUCUCUCCUUAGAUGAGGGCUUGAAGAGAGUAUCACAAGUUUCAUGUCACCGUGUAUGUUUGUACUGGGUGCAUGUUUUCCACUGAGUUCUGGAUUUGUACAAUAUCACUCGGUGUGCGACCACUUUUCAGCUGUUGGCCAACUACUCUUUUGUCUCUUCUUUUUCAGUUUUAGAGUUAUUUUUAAGCUUGUAUCUAUAGAAGGAAAAAGUGGGUGAAUGUAGUUCUCUUCAGAUUGCAGGAGAAGCAUAAAGCAAUAACUUGCCUAAAGCCAAGACAUAUUACUAAUUAUAUGAUAAAUAAAUGAAGGACAGUAUGUGCUAUUUAUAUUGUAUAUUUGCCUAUUACAAACUGUAUAAUACAAUAACCAUGUUAUUGUACCCCAUUUUUCCUUGGACAUCUUGACUCAAAUAGCAAUUGCAGUGUUUGUCCCUUGAAAACAUUACAGUGUAAUGACAAUGUAUAAGGCUAUAUAGUGUCGGUAGUUCUAUUGUAUAUUCAGUAAUAUAUAUUAUAAAGGAUUGUGGUAAGUGCUCUCAUUUUGAACCCCAGUCCUAUGGGAUCUGUCCUCUAAGUGCCCCUUUUUGUUGCCUUGUGCUUCCUGUCACUUGACUCUUGUGACCUCAGUGACCUCUAUUUAAGAGGAACCUAGAAUACAUUUGACUGACAAAUGUUUGAUAAAUGAUCGCCAUGGCAAAAAUUACUGAUAUUUUGCAUUGUCUGUGAAAGUUCAUACUGUCCUGUGGGAUUGGGUGUAUUGCGCUAAUCUGCAUCUGCAGACCAGUGAACCGAAGGUAUUAUGGAAUGUCCUGUUGGAAUAGCCAUGCACUGCAGGUCAGAAUCCCAAAUGCAAAGAUCCAUGAGACAGUUAAAAGGGCUUAGCUAAGCAGCGCGGUCCAACCUGACACAGUCAAGACACAGGACUGCGCAAAAUGUUGUUUGUUAAAUCAUUACCGCGGUGUUAGUGUUUGCAAUCCUGAUUCGCAGCCAGCUCCAGCAUGCAAUGAGCCCUCUAAGAAAUCACAAAAGUAUCCAGACCAAUUCAUGUUGGUCCAGUUAAGCAUUCUGUGGUUGCUUUCAAAGCAGUCAUAUGAUCUAAUAAACGUAAAUACAGUCCUAUCUUUUGCCUUCUCACAUCAAAGGUUUAUCAGCAUGUUUUCAUUUUACUUAUUGUGCAUUGCAGUUGUGGUGUGUUGCAAUACCAUCACAAACUAAUACUUAAUCACUCAACUCUAACCAAGGCACCAAUCUCCCUCUGCUUCCUUGGACUGUGCUGAUGUGUCUGUCAUUCAGUACUGGCUGUAAGUCAUAGACAUGGGCUCACUUUAAGACUUUGACCUUUUAUUAAUUGUGGCUGUUUUCAUGUUUUUUCAACCAAAGAACAGGAAAUCUUUAUAAGCUGGAAAUAGUCUGUUUGCAAUAUGCAGUGACUUCAAGCCAACCAUGGGGAGCCUCUUUAGGGAACUGUCUCAGAGAGGACCUUUUGUCUUUAUUGACGAAGUGCUUAUUAACGAGAGAGAGGACAAGAGACAAUGAGAGCGUGAGAGAGAAAGAGAGAGAGAGAGAGGAAAGAGUGACAGAAACUUAUGUGUGUUCACGUUUUUACCUCAUUAGGUCUGAACGAUCAAGUAUGGGCAGUGAACAUCAAUAUUGUGUUCAACCUGCUAUUCAGCCCUGAACUAGUGCAGAUGAAUUAUUGACUAGUUUGUGCCUCAGGAGAAAGGGCUUAACAGACAUGCAAAACUAUGUGUAUGUGUGUGUGCAUGCGUGCACGUGUGCGUGCGUGUGUGCGCGCGCACGUGUGUGUAUGUAUGUGUGUGUGUGCGUGCACUUUUCUCCGGAGGUACAAGGUUCCAGUCCAGAUUUCAAAAUAUGUCAUUUAAAUUAUUUUGUACUCAGUGAUAUUACAGUGCUAGAUGCCAACUGUAUAUAAACCAAUAUGAUGUCAUCAUAUUAAGCCAUUCAGAUCCAAGUAUAGUUUAUAUGUAUGCUCCCAGCAGGCCUGGGGUCAGUUCUAGUGGCAGUCUAAUGUCUGUGCUGUACAUAUUAGAGUAGACUGAGAGUAUUUAUAAAUGUAUCAUAAUAUACAGGAAAUGAGCCAAUGCCAUCUGAGUCUUUAUAUUUGAGUUACUUUCCUCCUUUUGCAAUAUAUUCAGAGAGAAAUACGGAGUUCACCAUUUCUCUGUAAUCAUGUCUAUGGCCAUGUAUGUAUUGUAAAUAAAUAUAUAUAUAUCUAUAUAUAUAUAUCUAGAUAGAUAGAUAGAUAGAUAGAUAGAUAGAUAGAUAGAUAGAUAGAUAGAUAGAUAGAUAGAUAGAUAGAUAGAUAAACAUAUAUACAAGUGUACAGUUUAGUAUUGACAUGAAAAUGAAUAAUAUUUCUUUUAUGAUUAUGUUGCUAUGUUCAACUAUAACCCAAAUGCAGGUAUAAAAAUUAUAUUAAAGUAAUAAAGAUGUAUAUUAUAAAUUAACAAUCUCUUGCUGUCUUCUGUAAGAUGCUGUCAACAAAACAUGGAGCCAUGGUAGAAAAUCAGCUAUUUUAAGUAUAUUUAGUACAAAGUAUA